AUGGUGGGCGUCCCUGGCAAGAGUAAAGGCUGCAGCACUUGUCGACGCCGGAAGAAAGGCUGCGACCAGAAACGCCCUAUCUGCGGCCAAUGUGUCUCUAGUGGCUAUGAAUGCGGAGGAUACAAUCGUGACAGAACCUUCAUCCUACAUCCUGCCACCAAGACCGUCCGACGUGCCAUCUUCCUCCCACACUCCAAACCAUCUCCUCUUGCCCUCCCCGGCUCGUUAAAUCGAGAUGCCGUCCAGUCGCAAUGUAGGAGUCUGUUCUGGGAUCUAUACAUGCCCCAAGGCGAUUGUGUCUGUCGAGACGAGCACAUCAUCAGAUGCGGCCACCCCAUGAAUUGGACCGAAGUCAUUCAAAAUGUCGCAAAGGAGGAUUCAUCCCUACAAGAUGCUUUCUCCGCCCUGAGCAUAUCCAGAGUGGGCCAGGGCAAUAAAGAUUUCCGUCUCGUUCACGAGAGUACCAGACUCUACGGCAGGGCUCUGAAGGAACUCCAGCUUGCUCUCUACGAUCCAGAUCGCAUGCAUUCCAAUCAUGUUCUCAUGGCUUGUAUGCUUCUAGGUCUCUAUGAGGUCUUUGAAGGGCCUGCCUUCAACUCCAAAUCAUGGAUGGCGCACGCCCAGGGUGCUGCUCGGCUGAUCGAGUUACGCGGUCCCGCUCGUCAUCAAGAAUGGGAUGCUCAUCAUCCUUUUCUGGCUUCGCGAAUUCCCACUCUAUAUGCUGCCAUCCUAUCCAGGCAAGCCACAUAUCUGGCCAAUGAAGACUGGCUUACACUUCCCUGGGAGAAGCAAUCCAGAACAUAUUUUGAUAGGUUGAUCGAUCUCGCGGUUCAUGUCCCGGGUAUCAUCGAGAAGUUCGACCUGAUCCUCGACAGAGACCAAGACAUCGAAUUCGAUCUUCUCCAAGUUCUCGAAGAAUGCAAAGAUCUACAGAUCAAAAUGAACAUGUGGAAGGAUGGCACUAAAGGAAGUGCUGUUCCUCGUGUAGAAAAGCACGAUCCUACCGAUUCCAACGGCUACCCUUUUGAAACCGAUCUUUGGUUUGAGAAUCAUCUUUUCGUUCAAGCUCGUGUGGUAUUUUAUACCUGUUCCUUGGCGUUGGCAGAGGCCGUCACUGACAUUGUACGAGCUCUCGAUGUGAGAGACCACAAAAUACCCGACACUGCCGAACCCAAUCCCCUGCUGGAGCUUUUCACCCCAGAGAAACAUGCUACCAAUAUAUGUCGAACAAUCCCAUAUUGUAUUCAGCCCGAGAUGAGUGCUUUAGGAGCAAAUAUCAUCAACUUCCCGGCAAACCUAGCCUACGCCUACUAUCAAAGAACUGGCCAUAAGUCCGUCAUCAAGUGGUUGGUCAAAGCAUUUGAAGAUGUUAAGACCAGAGGUGUCCAUGUGGAGAACAUCCUCCAAGGCUUAUCUGAAAUUUCUGCUGAUAAAGAUGUGCGUAUUCAUCGUUGGAAGAGAGCCUCAAGUGAAGAUACAAAUGAGCCUGGUUCUUCCCCAGGAUCUGCCCAGACCAUGUCAAGUUGCACCACAAUCUUCGUUUAUGAAGAUCCAUCCAAAUCAUAUUACGAUGCUAGCAAUGACCCCGGGUAA